GCCCUUCGCUCUGCUCUCUCCGUUCGGUCGAUCGGUGCCUCCGAUGGCGUUCUCUGCGAAUCUGCGUUGGCCGCCUCUCUGCAGCGUUCCUAAGAAUUCGAGGUCUCUGACUGAGGUUUCUUUAGCUUCGAUUUCGUUCCGAUCAUCGAUUUCGCUUCAUAGUCGCCGGAAGCCAUUGUCAAUCCGGUCAGCUUCAGUCGAAGCACCACCAACAUCUGGGGGCCUUGCUCCUGCAAUUGCCUUGACGGACAGUUCGUUGAAGCAUUUGAAUAAGAUGAGAUCUGAGAGGAAUGAAGAUUUAUGCUUAAGAAUUGGAGUCAGACAGGGUGGAUGCUCUGGCAUGUCCUACACAAUGGAGUUUGAGAGCAGGGAAAACACGAGACCGGAUGAUUCCAUUAUUGAAUAUAAUGGUUUUGUGAUUGUUUGUGAUCCAAAGAGCCUUCUUUUCCUUUACGGAAUGCAAUUGGACUACAGCGAUGCACUCAUUGGUGGAGGCUUCUCUUUCAAGAACCCGAACGCUACACAGACCUGUGGCUGUGGUAAAUCAUUUGCUGCUGAGAUGUGAAGUAACGUACAUAGAUAAAUACCAAAAAACCCUAGUUUCAUUGGAUAAGUGGGUAUGAUUAUGAGCUUUCUGGUUCAGAAUUAUUCAGCCAUCUGGAUGUAUAAUAUUAAGCAAUUAUUCUAAAAUUGUUGAAUGUAUCUACUCAUGUUGACAUGCUGUCCCUGAUGGCUUACUUAAACAUGCCCAUUUUGGAAGAUUAUAGUUUAAUUAAACAUUAAGACUCUUUGUUUUUAA